AUAUAAAAAACCUAAAUAAUGGCGGGAAAUGUCCCGAAGAGCAGGGGGAUGUUUCAAUAUGUUUUUAAACAUUUGAUGGAUUCAUUCAAAGUUGGAAAGAGGGAGAAAGUUGGGACGAUAAUUGGACGAGAUCCAUAUGGUAAUAUUUACUACGAACUACCGGCGCAACCCCAGCUAGGGAAAAGACGACCUACAAGAUGGUACAGUGCAGCGGAAGCGACCAAUGAUGCCAAGAAUAAAGAAGUUUGGACAGGAUUUGAUUCAGAUCUUCCCUCCGAGUGGGAGAGCUGGCUCCGGUUUCGGAGGAACGAGGCUCCGACUGAGGAGGAGGUUAUGCAGAGUUUGGCUCUGGCUGAACUAAAGAAGUUAAAUGCUGCCAAACUUGAAGAGAAAAGAAGAACAGAGAUGCAAGCUGCAGGAAUUGAUUCAGGACCUCCAAAACCACAGGACCAUGAGAAGACUCCCUACCCUAAAUAUGCCAACUACGAAGUGAUGCCCGGGGAGAGUGAAAAUGAGACCAAGGAUAAGUGGAAGAAGUACAAGAAUCCGUAUAUGAAAGAGUGAACAUUCAGCACUUCAGUUUUCUUUCAGUCCGACUAGAACACAAUUAUUUAUCAACAUAAAUCAUCAAUUUUUUUGCAUGAAAAAAAAUCCGCGAAAUAUGUUAAAUUGCACCUCGUAAUAGUGCAGCGUAUGAAGAAUAUAUGUAUAGUUCAAAAUUCAUGCUGGAAAAAGCCACAUAUCAAAAAAAUUCAGAAACCUUGACAAUUUUGAGACAACCCCCCAACCUAAAG